CGGGAAUGACAUGGACGUACGGCUCGUCUGAUGUCCACAGUCUGUUGGCCGGGCUGGCCUUGAACACACGUUCAAACACGCUGUGGAAUGGAGUGCCCCUGAACUGUGUUUCUGUCGGUGAACGGGUUGCGAGUGUGUACAGUACAUACGAUGUAUAUGCGUGCUAUGUGCGUGUGGCAUUGAAUGUCCCAGUAUCUGGGGCUGAUGUGAGUUGGGGGUGGUGGCUGUUGGCGCCGUGUGUUUGGGUGUGCGUGUGUGUGGCUAAUCUCAGUUCACAGCGCGCUGCGCGAUACUAGUUGGCGUUUCCCCCCUCCCUAGUGAGGAGUAUUGCGGUCUCCAACCUUUUUUUCCCUUCCCCUCACCAUUCACUUCCAGGAUAUUCUCUUUUCAUACACAGCCAUACCCACCCACCCAUCCUCCGUGCGUGGAACGCUGGGAGUUUUGCGACCGGGUCGGCGAAGACAGUUCGAACAUCAAGCCCCCCUACUCAAAGCCCGCAACGCCAAGAAGAUGAGCUAUCGGUAGCAUUGAAUAGCCUUGAGAGCGGUCUGAAACAAUUGUCUGUCCCUUCAAGGGCCAGAUCCUCUAGCUUUCUCCGUCUCUCUCUCUCUCUUUCCCUUCCUCCUACACGACUCGUAUGGGUGAGGGACCGGCGUGGAAAAGCAAAGCCAUACGUACAUUCUGACGGCAAAACCGGCGUAAGCGUAUCCAGACAGAGGCAGACGGGGGCGGGCGCCUUGCCAUAUUCGCACUCGCACCCUUGCCGGGCACACACGCACACACACCCAUCACACAUCGUACAUCAGAAUGGUGCAGUACAUCCUGACGCCGUGGCGCGAUCGCCGCGAGCUGCUCAAGGUUCGCCAGCAGUUCUAUCCCGCUGCCCCGUCCCCCGCGGACUCUACGUCUUCUGCAGCACUGCCAGCACCACCAGCAUCAGCGACAGCAUCAUCCGCGCCCGUAUCUGCUUCUGCAUUGCCGACGGCACCACCAACAAAAACACAAGGGGUACCAGCGCCAGCACCGACAUCAACGGGAGGAGCACCGCUCAUUACGAGUGCCAUCGGCGGCAGCAGCUCCUCCAACGUCGAUAAUGACAGGCCGCUGCUUCUGCUGCUGGCCGCCCAGCACCAUGCCGUCGCCAGAGUGUCCAUGUGGAUGCAGCGCGGCAACUGUCCGCACAUGGUCGAGUCGACGGCCCUGCUGACGGCCGCCAUUCUGAGCGACGGGGAGAGCAAGGGCAGCGCUGGCACCUACGCCGUCCGCGCCGCCUACGCCGCCGCCUUUAGCCGGUUCGUGACCGGACUCCUGGACGGACACCAGGAUAAGCAGCGUAAGCUGAGCAUGUACUCAGUGGCCAAGACCAUCGGGUUGCCGGCGACCUUUGUCGAGCUUCGGCACCAGGCGACGCACGAGACGCUACCGUCACUCGCGAAACUGCGAUCCGCCGCUCGUAAGGCUCUGGUCUGGAUAUGGGAGUACUACUGGCAGCACUUGGGGCCCGAGGACGAGGUGGCGGUGGAGGUGGGCGAGAAUGAGGGUGAGGGAUGGGAGCUGAUCGAGGUUUCGGAGAAGAAGGUCGGCGUCGCCACGGCAGCGGCGGGUCGUGCGGUCGUCGUCGCCUUCCUCGAAGAACAAGACGAGGCGCGGCGCGCAGAUAUGAAGAGGUGGAUUGACGGGCUCGACGAGGCUCGGCUGCUCGCCACAUUGGACAAGAUCAUGGAGACGCCGCCGAACAACAUCGUUCUGCUUGCUGCACUGCGGCUGUCGAAGGAGAUUCUGCAAAAGCGGCAGAAUGUCAAGAGCAUAGAACAAGGGCACGCCAGGGAUGUGGACGAAAUCGAAAGGAAGAUAUUACAGGCGAGGGAUGCCCUCAUGGCGGAGACGCAAGACGCGGCCGAGACCUCUGCCGACGACGCCGGAACUGAGGAGGCUCAAGAGAUUGCUGGCACGGGAUGGGCCAGGUUCGAGGGCACGUGGAAGCCGCGACCGAUUGGCGUCGCGUGAGGCAAAAGCAAAAGGAAAAGGCAAAGGCAGAGGCAAUUCGGGCGGUCUCGGAGUACGCCCCGCAUGAGACGACUAUUUGGGCUCACCAAACAUGUAGCACUUGAAAUGCUGUCCCUCCCUGGAAAUGACACGAGUGAAGUUAUCGCCGUCAAAACU